AUGGCCUCGGAGAAACCACCAUCCAUUACGCUGCCUCCGCCAAUCCAUUCCGGCCGUCGGGUCAGCCCUUCGCCACAUGGCUUGAGACAACGUCCCUUGGGCCGGUCAUCCACUUUCGCCGAAGGACAUGCACAACUCAAUCGCCGACGAGGUUCGUUCCUCUCUGAAACCCUCUCGGAGACACGAAAGUCUUUGCGUUCCUCCACCGACGACAUAUUGCUCCCGCGAGCAAAGGAAGGGGACGACCUUCAGGUUCACGACGACACAUCUCAUUGGCAGUCAUUGCCUCUUGGCCUGGCCUUGCUUCCUGCUGUCGGAGGAUUGCUUUUCAAGAAUGGGAGUGCCGUCAUCACUGAUGUCACUUUGCUGGGUUUGGCUGCCAUCUUCAUGAACUGGGCGCUCAGGUCGCCAUGGGACUGGUAUCGUGCGGCCCAAACCCCCAUCUUCGCUGAACCACCAUCGCCGACUGUUUUCUCGCCCAUCGAUAAAGCAGCAGAGCAGCAGGAUCCCACAUCUCCCCGCGAGGAUGGUGAGGGACUAGCUGAGAGUGGACCAAGCUCAAAGCCUGAUGCUUCUUCGGAUGCGCUCAAUGCGGAAAGUGCAUCUGCCGAGAGAGAGCUCCGGAUCUAUGAGCUCAUGGCGUUGUUCUCCUGUUUCGCAUUUCCGCUUCUGGCUGCAUGGCUUCUCCAUGGGAUCAGGUCUCAACUUACUCGGCCUUCUGAAGGGCUAGUCUCCAAUUACAACCUGACCAUAUUCAUCCUGGUCGCCGAGAUUCGACCACUUUCCCAUCUCAUCAAAUUGGUUCAACGGAGAACUCUAUUCUUGCAGCGUCGCGUCAAUGCCGAUGCUCUCAUAGAAUCGCGUCGGGCUGAAAAUCAACAGCUUCGGGAUGUCACUCACAGACUGGAGGAAUUAGAAGCUCAUGUGGCAGAACGUAUUGAUCGUUCAAGUGGGAAAGAGAAUGAAUCAGUCGGCGAUGAACUUGCAGCGAAAGCAUCCGCAUUGGCGUCUUCCGAUAUAAAGAAAUCUGUGCAACCCGAACUCGAUGCUCUGAAUCGUGCGAUGCGUCGAUAUGAAAAGAGGACGACUAUCUCGGCGGUGCAAAUCGAAGCAAGGCUGCAGGAUCUCGAAUCCCGGCUGGACGAUGUGGUGUCAUUGGCGGCUGCUGCUCAGCGAACUGCGGAUCGCAAACCAGGCAAUUAUGUUUUCAUUCUUACCAACUGGAUAUGUGCAGGUAUUGUCUUACCUGUGCAGUACCUGAUGUAUCUCUCCAGCCUGCCAGGGAGAAUUCUGAGUGCCGCUAUUGCAGUCCCAAGAAGAUAUGUGCGUAAAAGGUCAAAGUCUCAGCCGGGCAAGGAGAGUCGAGCAUCUCGCAGAGGACCAUCCACACGUUCUGGAGAGCGUGAAAGGAGACCGAAACCGCCGUCCUGA